CAAAAUAUAGAUACCCGUCUCGUUCACACUCCUACUAGAUUCCAAUACAAAAACGAGCUAGUUUUGUGUGAACGCCAGUAGUUGCUCACAACGCGAGUCUUUUGUACCGUUUCGUGUAUAAAUUUAAGUGUAAUUUACUUAUAAAAGUGUUGAUUAUUUCUCUGUGAUAAAUAACAAGUGAUUACAGAAAUAUGGCACCAAUAGGCGGUCUGAUCUGUUGUAGCCGUAAGAGAAAGUCUGUGGCACCCAUUGAGUGUAUGGAAACAGAUGGAUCAUUCGAUUAUGACCUGGCUGUUAUCGGAGGGGGCUCUGGAGGACUUGCAUGUGCAAAAGAAGCUGUAAAUCAGGGCGCUAAAGUAGCAGUAUUAGAUUAUGUGACUCCCUCACCACAGGGCACAAAAUGGGGUCUCGGAGGGACAUGUGUGAAUGUGGGCUGUAUACCCAAGAAGUUAAUGCACCAGGCGGCUAUACUUGGUGAAAGUAUUCAUGAAGCAGUUGCAUACGGUUGGCAAGUGCCGUCAGUGGAGUCGAUCAAAAUCGACUGGUCUGCGCUUACGCAGGCCGUGCAAAACCACAUCAAAUCCGUCAACUGGGUGACCAGAGUCGACUUGAGAGACAAGAAAAUCGAUUACAUCAAUGGACUGGGUGAAUUCAAAGAUCCCCACACGUUGAUUGCUACUAUGAAGAAUGGAUCUAAGAAGGAAUUGACGGCUAGGAAUGUGGUGAUAGCGGUGGGGGGCAGGCCCCAUUACCCGGAUAUCCCGGGCGCGUUGGAGUAUUGUAUCACUAGUGAUGAUAUCUUCAGCUUGAGUCAUCCGCCAGGGAAGACUCUUGUGGUAGGAGCUGGAUAUAUCGGCUUGGAAUGCGCCGGAUUCCUCAACUCGCUAGGGUUUCCCGCUACGGUGCUGAUCCGCUCUGUCCCGCUGCGGGGCUUCGACCAGCAGAUGGCGCGCGUCGUCACCGCCGAGAUGGAGGAGAAGGGAAUAAAGCUGGAACACAAGUGCAUACCACUUUCUGUGGAAAAGUUGGAGUCGGGGCAGCUUAAAGCGCGCUGGCUCAAUACUGAGACCCAGGAGCAACACGAAGACUUGUUCGACACGGUUCUAAUCGCGACCGGUCGCUAUGCGCUCACUAAACAGAUCAAUUUGCCGGCCGCUGGCGUCAAUUGCGUAUCGCCCAACGGCAAGAUAAUCGCCGACGCCGAGCAGACGAACGUGCCGCACAUAUACGCCGUGGGAGACGUGCUGGAGGGCCGGCCGGAGCUCACGCCGGUCGCGAUCCACGCGGGCCGCCUGCUCGCGCGCAGGAUGUUCUCGGGCGCCGCGCAGCAGAUGGACUAUGACAACGUCGCUACGACCAUAUUUACCCCGUUGGAGUAUGGAUGUGUGGGGGUUAGCGAGGAGACCGCUGUACAGAGACACGGCGCGGAUAACAUUGAGGUGUACCACGCGUACUACAAACCGACAGAGUUCUUCAUACCGCAGCGGAACAUCCGCAACUGUUACCUGAAGGCCGUGGCGCUCCGUGAGGCCCCACAAAGGAUCCUAGGGCUCCAUUUCGUGGGCCCCGUCGCUGGUGAAGUCAUACAGGGCUUCGCUGCUGCUAUGAAAUGCGGCAUCACAAUGGAACAGCUGAUGAACACUGUGGGCAUCCAUCCCACGGUCGCGGAAGAGUUCACCCGCCUCAACAUCACCAAGAGGUCCGGCAAGGACCCCAACCCGGCCUCGUGCUGCAGCUAGAGCGGUAAAAACCACACGGCGUUCCGUGCAAAGAUGGCGAGCGAAGCCGGGGGAGGUUGUAGGUAUAGGUCCGUAAUUAAGCGUGGAAUGAAAAUGAGCAACAACAUUGUAUUUACUGAAUAUUUGUCUUUAGUUUCAGUUCUAUUCUUAUUUUUUUUUCUUGAUGUACAUACAAAUAUAAAUAAAUUAAAAAAAAACAAUGGUAAAAUCACUCACUUUCAUGGAAAUGUGGUUUACGAAAGAAAUCUGAAUAUUAAAUGACAUUUGGAGGUUAUUUCGCCAUUCAAAUUUUUCAGAUAAAUGGUUAUAAAGUAGUGCAAUUAAAUUACUUAUUUUAUGUCACCCACUCGGUAAGAAAAAAUCCUACGAUUUUAGUAUUGCCGAAUUAUCGAUAAUUUGAAUAUUGAUAGUUUUAAUCGAAAAAAGCCAUAGUGAUCUUACCCGUGAUGACUAUUAGCUUAUCGAUUGAAUUGCUUAAAUGUAACACGUACUAUCGAUAGUUUUGAUUGUAUCGAUACUUCUUUCGAGACCUGUCAAAAGUUAGGCACACGCAAAAAAGCAAGCGAAUGUUUAUUUUUAAAAUUAUUUGAAUCUACCCUCAAACCUGUUCUUAAUUAUUGCGGACCUUAUAAUGUGUAGGGGAGGGCUAACCAUCUGACAGUGUUCGAGUAACUUCACGCUUAUGUUUUUAAUACCUCGUAUGUAUAUAUGUAUGUUGCAACAAUGUUGAUUUCCAAAUGUAAUUGACCAGUUUUCAACGUCCAACUUUUUAUUCUGAACACGUUCGCAUAAUAAUAAGCAAUAUAUGUAUGAUCGUGUUCAAUGUAAACUUGCAUUUUUAAAGCGUUAAUGUUACUCAAGUGUGUCGUCGAAACUAUUAUAUUAUUGUUUUCUAUUAUUCUAUUUAUUGUCUGUUUGUGUUCGUUGCACGGGACGUGUACACCGUAGUAUUUUGUCUAAACCAAAACCGGGAACAAAUGCAUGUCAAAUGUCUUUUUAUGAGAAAGGCUAAUAAACUUCUAGAUUCUUCUUGUAGGCGAUCGGCUAGCAACCUUUCACUAUUGUGUUGUAUACAAUCACGUCUAAAUCUCAUGCGGGGUAGACAGAGCUAACAGUCUUGAAAAGACUGAGAGGCCACGUUUAGCAGUUUGGCUUAAUGAUAGAAUUCAAUUUUAAAUAGUAACAGGUUGCUAGCUCAUCGCCUAAAAGAAUAAUCACAAUUCAACCUGUCACUAUUUGAAUCUCAAUUCCAUAUUAAGCUGAACAGCUGAAUGUGGCCUAUCAGUCCUUUCAAGACUUCUUACUGUCUAUCCCGCAAGAGAUAUAAGACGUGAUUAUAUGUAUGUAUGCAUCUAAUUACGUUGCACAACUUCAAAAGGACUAUAACCAAAUGUAUUAUUGUUGAUAUAUGUUAUUCGUGUUUAGGCGUAGAUCACACUGUUAACAUAAACCGCACUUUAAUUUUUCCAAAAGUUAAUGUCAUAUUGACAUUUUGUAAUGCCGUCCUUGUCUUGCCGAUACGAUGCAUGAGGGACAGCAAUAUGAAGUGAUCGUAUGAAGUUUUUUUUAUUUAACUUGUCUUUCACUUUGUAAAUUCUUUACUUAAAGCGCAAUUUCAUUGAAUAAGGGGCGUCAGCAAAAUUAACUUUUUGUGAUGAGUUUUUUUGAAAUUUAUUGUUAAAUAUUUUGUAACAUGAAUGUGAUACGUGAUUGGUCUGUGAUUUCUAAAUUAAGUUAAUUUUGUUGGCGCUAAAAAUAUUACGUACUUCCAAUAUCGUCUAUUCCUAAUUGUAGAACGCAUCUUGGUUGUAGAAACCGACUCACGGUUGUUGAGUACUCAUAUAUUAUGUUCACAUGACAAUGAGUACCAACAAGUUCUUUAAUUUUAAUAUUAUUUAGUGACGUUCGAAAUGUCCCAUAAUAAUGAAUAAAAAAAUAAUUUGAAUAUAAAGAGAAUCGCUACUUAUUCAGUGAAAUUGUAGUGAGUUAGCAUUUACUUUCAGUGUUCCUUUUUUUCAGUUUGUUCUAAAAAUCGAGGCUGUAGAAAUAUAUAGAAACGUUAAAUGAUUUGGUGCUAGACAGUCCACAUUUUGUUUUUAAUUAAAGAACUAUUCAAAAGAAAUGUAUUAAAAUUGUUGUCUCAAAAAUUAUAAGCGAUCAAAUUGUAUAUGUUGUUGAAUUCCUGAACGAUAUUAGGUAGAUUACGUUAUUUAUUAGUAAACCAACUGCCACAUCAUAAACCUAUAUCUGUCUCUGUCAUGUCCGUAUAUUGCCAUCCUGCAUAUUUUAUAAUGUUGAACUUUAAGUAUUUAUUUGCAGUUAAGUUAAGGUUUUGCAUCGAAUCUAAUCAACAAGUAAUUAUAUUUUCUUUUUUAUUUUAUUUCAUAAAAAAUCCAUAAAGAACAACGCACUUUUAGUUUAUCUUUACAGUGGGCAACACUGAUGUACGAGUCAUAGAUAUAGAUUUAUGUUCGCGGUUUUUUUGGCCGUAGUAUUAUGAUACCAGUGUUUUUAUUUCUUUUAAAGGAAAGUUUAGGUUCGUAGGUGUACAUUCCGAACGCACUGAACAAAAACAGUUUUUGGUCACCUUAUUUUUAUGUGAUUUUCAACUUAAUAAAGUGAUAUAUUUUUAACGAAA